AUGGAGGUCACUGAGGACGACCCAUCCUACAUGAUCAAGUUCAAGGAAACCUUCACAGCAGACCUGGAAGCUCGCAAGGAGAAGACCAAUGUUACAUGGCUGAGAGUUGCGACAGCACUUGACCCAAGGUUUAAGGACCUCAAGUGCCUAAGCAAACCUGACAGGGUUCAGGUGUGGGAUUCAGUCCGCGCCUUGCUCCAGAGGAUGGAGAAGGAGAAGCCUGCACAGCCCGAUAACCAAGUCACACCUGAGCCGGCCACGAAGAAACCAGCUCUCUUGCUUGCACCAGAGUCUUCGUCUGAUGAAGAGGAGGACAGUAUUGAGAAAUGUCUGGAGCGCUACAAGGGAGAGCCUCUCAUUGGCAUAGAGGACUCUCCUCAGGAAUGGUGGCUCACACAUGAAGCUUCACACAGUGAGAUAGCCCGCCUUGCACGCAAGUACUUGGCAACACCUGCCACAUCAGUACCUUCUGAAAGGCUUGUCUGCUUGAGUAACUGGCUCAAAGAAAAGAAGUAG